AUGAGUCGGUGGCUGCGCAGUCGCGGGAAUGGAGGAAAGCCCGGGCAAGAAGCGAGCGUGUACCAGAAUGUGAAGGCUGGCCUCCAGGAGCUCUACCGCUCCGUGCUCCUGCCUCUCGAACAAGACUUCAAGUUUCAUCAGUUUUUUUCUCCUCUCCUCACCGAUGGCGACUUCGCCGCGAAACCGAUGACGAGCUUCAUUCAACACUUGCUGGAACGCGACUACCCCGGCCUGCGGAUCGGCCCAGAGCCGACUACUGACCGCUUCGUCGCCGUCAUGGAAAACGACACCGAACAGGUCGUCCCAGGGAACGCAGCCGUCGUGGACCCGACAAAGCCGUUCAGCCAGCUUUCGAACUUCGGAAACAAUUUCCUCCUCCGCUUCGAGUGUUCGAUGCUGCCGUGCGUGAUUCUGAACGGGAUAACUCUGAUUGACACGCCGGGAGUCUUGAGUGGCAACAAGCAGACGAGUCGGGGCUACGACUUCGAGGGUGUCAUCCAGUGGUUCGCGGAGAGAGUCGACUUGAUUCUGCUGAUUUUCGACGCCCACAAACUGGACAUUUCCGACGAGUUUCGGAGAUGCAUCAACGCGCUUCGCGGGAACGACACAAAAAUCCGCAUUAUUCUGAACAAAGCCGACAUGGUGUCCUACCAACAACUCAUGCGGGUGUACGGCGCCCUCAUGUGGUCCCUCGGAAAGGUCAUUCCGUCUCCAGAAGUCGCGCGCGUCUACAUUGGCUCUUUUUGGAAUCAUCCGUUGCAAAACGACGAGAACCGAAAGCUUUUCGAGGCGGAGGCGAACGACUUGUAUGCGGACAUCGCGCGCCUGCCGCGAGAUGCAGCCAUCCGGAAAGUCAACGACUUCAUCAAGAGAGCGCGACUCGCCAAGGUGCAUGCGUAUUUGUUGACGAACCUCCGCAAGCAACUGCCGAUGUGGGGCAAAGACGCAAAGAAAAAGCAACUCCUCAACCAACUGCAACAAGUGUACCACCAAGUGGCUGCGGACCACUCCAUUCCCCUCGGCGAUUUCCCCCCAAUUCCCUUAAUGCAGGAGAAACUGGCGACAUUCGACUGGAGCAAGAUCCCAAAGCUGGACACGCGGCGCAUCGAAGCGCUGGACUUGAUGAUCAAAACACAAAUUCCCCAGCUCAUGGCUCUUAUCCCCGCCGAGGAGGCACAGGCGGCGCUCCAUCCCGCGGACGGCAGCGUGGUGGAGACGAAGGCCUCGCCGUUCCUCUCGCUCAAGUCGAAGAACGAAGGGAAUGCAUGGCUGAUCGACAAAUUCCUUCACCAGCCUCUCGACGUGGAGCGUUACCGAGCUGAUUUCGAGGCUCUAGGGCCCGACAGUUGCGGGCGCAUCAACGGUGCCCAGGCCAAGGCCGAUCUCGUGAAGAGCAAACUGCCAAGUGCCGUUCUCCACCGCGUGUGGAACUUGGCAGAUUUGACGCGCGACGGCUACUUGGAUUUGUACGAGUACGGUCUAGCUCGGCACUUCAUCGAAAUGAAACUGGAAGGUUUCGAGUUGCCUGCGUCGCUUCCGGAGGCCUUGUUGCCGUCCUACGAUCCGCACGAGAGCGGCGCUUCUGCAUCGGCGCUCUUGGACAGAAGAGAAGUCUCUGUCGACGAGCGCGCGCAGGGAACUUUCCGAUACGACAGCGUCUCCAGGAGCCCUACAGGAGGAGCCGGCACCUUGGGAAGUUGGACUGGAGCUGGAACUACACCUGACUCAGGAAAUCCCCUAAGCGACUGA